ACCACCGGCACCUUUUUUUCUUGAUUUGCGUCUCAACACUCACUAAUUUCGCACGGCUAGUAUCCACAAUCCUGUCGGCGACCUUUUUUUUUUUUUUUUCCCCUCCCCCUCUCCCUCCUCAGCAGGCCGAAGGCAACUCUUAACCCCGAAGAAGUUGGAAACCACGGAUUUUGUACUCCUCUAGGCUCCCUCCAGCAGGAGACAAUGGCAACCCUACAUCCGACCUGGCUCUGGUAACGUCUUCUCCCCGUUGCCUCCCUCGAGGUCUCGCUAUGGCGUCGUUGCACCCCCCCGCGCCCUCUCUUCGGCUUCUCAGAUUCCUCCGUCUCCAGUCCGAAAAUCUUAGUUAUUUCAGCCCCAACAGCGCCAGUGCCCCGGCACAGAUCGCCUGCAAGGCGCUUUGCGCUUUGCGCAGACAGCAGAGAGACCCCGCGACGAGGCCUUCCUCCGAUGUCGUCCUGAGGGCUGGCCUGCUCGACUUGGACUCGCUCCUGGGAACCCGCCCCGGCCUGCCGAGGUAUAUCCACCGGAAGCAUCUCAAUUAUUCCUACGCGACCGUCGGCGCGCGCCACGUCGCCUCCAACCAGACGCCGACGCCGUGCAAACCCACCUGGCGGGACAAGCUCCGGGUCCCCAAGACCGGCAAGGGCGCCAAACCGCUCGAGCCGGACGAUAUCCCAGAAGGAGAGGGGACCGGCGACAACAAUUCCAUGUUCAGCACCCGCCGUCAGCUUAGCCAGAAGGCGGCGCUCGAGCCGAGACUGCGGUGCACCGAGGUCGACGAGAACGGCGACGUCGUGCUAAUGGAUGGCGAGUUCAAGAAGAGCGAGCUUAUCGCAAAGUUCGGUCUCCUGCCUCGCGACCUGCGCAAGAUCGAUUCUUCCAAUCUGCCGCACAUCCUUGUCCGUCCGACCGCCAUCCUCCUCAACCUGCUGCACCUCAAGGUGCUAAUCAAAUACAACAGCGUCCUCUUGUUUGACGUAUACGGCUCCAAAGCCUCCUACCCCCAGUCCGCCUUCAUGUACGACCUACAGGGCAAGCUGCAGCAGAAGAACCAAAACAACGGGGGCUUGCCGUACGAGUUCCGCGCUCUCGAGGCCGUCCUCCAGUCCGUCACGCAGGAGAUGGAGGCCGAUUUCGAGGCCGUCCGCGACCCAGUCAUCCGCAUAUUAAGCGAGCUCGAGGACGACAUAGACCGGCACAAGCUGCGCAUCCUCCUCAUACUAUCCAAGCGAGUGAGCACUUUCGAGCAGAAGGCCAAGCUCGUCCGCGACGCCAUCGAGGAACUUCUCGAAGCCGACGACGAUCUGGCCGCCAUGUAUUUAACCGAGAAGACACGCGAUAUCGUCCGCCCCCUCGAUGACCACACCGAAGUGGAGAUGCUUCUCGAGUCCUAUCAUAAGCUUUGCGACGAGAUCGUCCAGGAGGCGCAGAAUCUAGUGUCGAGCAUUCGGAAUACCGAAGAAAUCAUCCGCGCGAUCCUGGACGCGAACCGCAACUCGCUCAUGCUGCUGGACCUCAAGUUCAGCGUCGGGACGCUGGGGCUGGCGAUGGGCACGUUCAUCGCGGGACUGUACGGCAUGAACCUCGAGAACUUCAUCGAGGAGACGACCUGGGGCUUCAGCGCCAUCACGGGCGCUUCGGUGCUCUUCUCGCUGCUCGUGUGCAGGUACGGCCUGCUGAAGCUGCGCAAGGUCCAGCGCGUCAAGAUGCAGGGCGAGACCAAAGGGCUCGACAACGAGUACCAUUGGUUCCACGACGAGGGCCAUGUCGGCCUGCUCGACCCGCGCAACCGUGAGAAGCUGAGGCGCCUCAACAUGCUGAAGCAAGACAAGAAGAAGAAGGGCUGGCUCGACUCGUCGCGAUAAGGAUGAGAAGAGUGUGUAUGUGCGCCAACGUGCGAUUCUACAAGACGAGGCGAGACGAGACGAGACGAGACGAGACACGCCCUUCGCGAGGACCAUGUUAUGUGCGUGUCGAAGAGACGGCGGGUUUCUCGGAUUUGACCCCCGGGCGUCACGGAGGGGACAGGAAAGGGGAGGGGGUUAUUAUAUGCAUUGCUUGGCGUUACGGCAAGGUCGGGCCUCUUCCCGGAAAAGCAAGGAAAAGAGCAAAAGGGGGGGACUGGUAACUAGUAUCUCGUCUCUGCGCCUCCGUCUCCGUCUCCGUCUAUCUCUCCCUUCUUCCUUUUUUUAUUUGUGCGUAUGUACGUGUAUUAGACAGGGAGGGGGCCCUUCUAGAAGAUAUUCUCUCAUCUCACAUAUAGACAGACUCUAGGGACAACGAGGCUGUGCCCGUUAUCGACCGCUAAGUCGGGUCGGGUUCGCAACUUGCCUAGCUUAGGUUAAUCGUUGCUACUCAUGUAAUGAUAUUGUUUCCUGUCGCCUGUACAGCAGGCAUGUACUACGUUGAUGUCGUGGAUGCUUGCUCCCCCCUCAGACUUUGGGAGGAGAUGGAAGUAAGAAGAAGCCGAGGGGUGACAUGGCAUAUAGAUGCUGUAUAGUUGUGUAUAUAUAGUAGAGAAAGACUUCUGAAUAGAAAUAUGUCUACAUA